AUGCAGCCCGCUGCCAGAUGCCAAGCUGACCUGCUGCGUGUUGCAGCCGCUCCCCAGGUGUUGCACGCUUUCGGCAAGGUCUUUGCACAGGGGCUCGAUGCUGGUGCGGCUAUGUUCCCCCACACCGUCGCAGGCCCAAGCGUCGACGUGUUUAUCAGCCACAACUGGGGCGGAGGGCGCUGGGCGAAGCACUUGGGCCUCUGCAUGUACUUCAAUCUCAGCCUGGCUGUCAAGACUUCCCUCGGCUUGGCAAUGCUGGCAUCCGCAAUGCUGAUCCUGUCGGCCGGGAGUUGCACGGCCUGGGGUGGCAACAGGUGGCUGCCGUGGCUCCUCCUGUAUGGACCCAUGAUGGCCUUCUUCGUCACCUUCUUCUGGGGCCAUCUCCUCGCCAGCAAGCUGUGGCGCCGCUCCCUUUGGCUGGACAAGGUGUGCGUCGAUCAGAGGGAUGCUGCAAGUAAGCAGCAGGCGAUAUCCGCGCUUCCAGACAUCAUCACUCGGUCCCGGCGCAUGCUCAUCCUUUGGGACGACGCCUAUUUUGAGCGCCUCUUCUGUAGCUUGGAGGUCUCCUUAUUCGCCCGCAACUUUAGAGGCUUUGAGCAUGUUGACUUUGUUCCGCUCUGGAUGGCGCCAUGGCUGUUGUGCACGGUAUUUGUGGAUCUUUGCUGUGCUAUAUCCUUCCAGCUGCGAGAGGACUACUUCUCAAACUGGUCCACAGCAUACAUGCCGUUCAUUCAUCACUUCCUAUCUUCCUUCUUCGGGGCGGAUUCGGGGGCAACGGUUUUUGGCACUUACUUCAUGAUAGGAUGGUUUGCUGGAUUGGGGUACCUUCCAGCUGCCAUACCAAGCAUGUUCUCCUUCACGCAGAAGCUCCGGAGACAUGCCCUGAUGCUGGAGCAGCUGUCGGGCUAUGACGUGCGACGUGCGAAGUGCACCUUGGCGUCCGAUCGGGAGAGCAUUGAGGCGCAGAUCUCGCGGCAUUUCGAUUCCGAUGCGGCGAAGCGUGCAACGCCCACCGGAUCUACCGCAGACACCACGGACAGGCUGGAAGAGAAGCUGCUGUCCGCGAGUUCUCUUGGCUCUUGUGCAUCAGGCUUGGAGCGAUUCAAUGCUUGCGUGCAGGGAUCGCUGUAUGCGGCCGUGUCGGAGAAGGUCGGAUACGAGCUGCAUGUCCCCUACCACCUUUCACUCGUGACCUUGCUGCCCAUGAUCCUGCUUGCCCUUGUCAACACCCUGGGCUGCGACAAUGCGCCCUGCGACCAGAGCGCCAGGGACUCUGGAGUUGAAGGCCACGUGUGGCAGUACAUGACCCUGAACACGGCCGUCUGGGUUGUGAGUCUGGGCUUGGUCUUUCCUACAGCCCACCCACUGCUCUUAAGGCUUCUGAAGGUGGUUCAGGUUCAGGGAGAUCGGGGCCUCUGCUUUCAGACGUUUGUGUCUUUCCUGUGCGGGCUCCUUGUGUACGUCUACGUCUACUUCUGCUGGGGCCUGGUGAUGGGCAGCCUGGCGGCACCCUUUGUGGGUGCCUUCCGGCCCGGGUGGCUCCUCUUUGCCUUGGCGGUGGUCGGGAUCAUGGCAUUGCAGACGCAUGCCCUCUUCUGUGCAAGGGGACGUCCAUCACGGCUGAUCACAAGUGGCAGCACGCUGCAUGCUGCCGGAGUUUGA